ACACGAAAGGAUUACCUAAUCUCUCUUUUUCAGACGGUUCUGAUGGGCGCCUUGGCGCUGGCCCGGGCUGACAUCAGCCUGACCCAGGCGGGGUACAACUACCGCAUCCAACAGCAGCAGCAGCAGUCGCAGGUGCAGCUCCAGCCCCCAGUUGUGGCCCAUCUGCUCAACCAGCAGCUGCAGCAGCAGCAGCAGCAGUCGUCACAUCCGGUGCUGCCGCCUCUGCCACUGCCCUAUCUGCCACCAGCCGGCCAGUACCAGUCCCAGGCGGCCGUUCGUCCCACCUCUGGCUCGUUCCCAAUGCCAGCUGGAUUUCCCAUUAAUUUCCAGACCGCUCCCGUGCAGCAGCAUCGUCGCCCCCGGCCACGUGUGAGGAUACCCAAGAGGCCGAUCGUGACCAAGAACUUCUUCAUUCAUUCGGCACCCGAGGAGUCCGAUGAUGAGGUUCAGGACGAACUCAAUCAGCUGGCCCAGCAGCCGCGCAACCAUUACAAUGUGCUGUUUGUCAAGACUCCGGCCCAGACGAACCGUGCCGCCGCCCUCAACCUGGCCAAGACCCUGAAGCAGGAGAAGACGGUCGUCUAUGUGCUGGCCAAGAAGACCACCGCCGCUGACCUGCAGGACGCCAUCGCCGAUGCUCCGCAGCAUAUCAACAAGCCGGAGGUGUUCUUCAUCAAGUACCGCACCCCCGAGGAGGCCGUCAAUGCUCAGCGCCAGAUUCAGUCGCAGUACGACACACUCGGAGGUAGCUCCACCAUCACCGACGAGGGUGUGGCGCCCAUCACCUCCGUGGUUGGCUCCCUUGAUCCCCCAGAGGAGGACGAAGAGGAGCAGCAGCAGCAGCAGCAACAGCAGCAACAGCAGCAACAGCAGCAGCAGCAGGCCGAAGGAAACUUCAUCGACAACGGAGCUGGCAAUAACGGCGGAGGCGCCAUCGGCAAUCAUUACCUGCCCGCGAACCAGUACUAAGUAUUCUUCAUUGCUCGCCACAUCCAGAUCCUAGUUAGUUAGCUGUCAUCCCAUAGAGCUCGCACCCGAUGUUGUCUAAGUUUUAAGCGAUUGCAUAUAUGUGUAAGUGAUUCUCAAUUCCAUUCCUUGCCAAUUGUCACCGAAGUCCGUAUUAAAAGUUGAGA